GUUUUAAGGAAGCCACAGGACACUUCGAGGCUCACUUGGAGACUUGGAGGUCUUUCUUUCUGUCUGGGAAGCAUGGAGAGUGUGAGCGCGCAACACAGCCGACAUUCUCUCUUCACUAUUGAUCACAUCCUCGGUCUGGACAGAGAGGAACAGAGAACCAUUGUUUACACUCCUCACCGACCGUGGACAGACGCUCAACCAACAAAAAACGACCGCUUUAUAAAGACAGCCGGCUCUCUGGAGGUACCUGUGAUGGAGGAGAGGAAAAGUGAAGCACCGGUAGAAAGCUGCAGGCGUUCGCUCAACUGGUGCAUCGGACGGAGGCCCAGAACUGCCUUCUCCAGCUUACAGAUCGAGAUACUUGAGAGCGUUUUUCAAGUCAACUCGUACCCGGGGAUCGAUGUCCGAGAGGAGCUGGCUAGGAAGCUGCAUAUCGAUGAAGACAGAAUACAGAUCUGGUUCCAGAACAGAAGAGCAAAACUGAAGCGCUCGCAUCGAGAGAACCAGUUCCUCAUGGUGAAAAAAGUCAUCACUGAGCUCCAAGAGUGAUUGUAAAAAAAA